AUGACGCGCGAUGUCGACGCACCGCCGAAUCGCUCGUUCGAUCCCGCGCGCUUCGCGACGAUCGUCAAGCACGAAGCGCGCGCCGUCGUCGCCUCGAUGCGCGCGCAUCAACGCUGGAGCGGUCGCUCGAGCGCCUCGAGCGCGCUCAACGCGUACGGAUUGUACGGCGCGAGCGACGCGUACGACGAAGACGGCGUCGAAGACGCCCUGUUGGACGCCUUCGUCGCGCUGCGGACGGCGCGACCGCCGGAACGGACGCAAGAUGCGGACGCGGGGACGCGCGCGCGGGGACGCGAUCGAGCGAGCGCGAGCGACGCGAGCGAGCAAAGCGAAGAGAGAGACGCGGAAGAGGACGAUGCGAUGACUCCGUUGCGAUAUCUCGAACCGUUUCUGGACGUGAUACGGAGCGUGGAGACGGGAGGGAUGAUCACGGCGCAGGCGCUGAGCGCGAUCUUGAAGAUUUUGAAGAGCGAAGUCGCGACGAGGGACGCGCCGGGUGGCCCAGGGGUGAUCAUGCACGCCAUCGCGGACGCGGUGACGCUGUGUAGGUUUGAAGCGACGAGUGUGGACGAUGACGAUGCGGUGUUGAGCCAGAUUAUGUAUGUGCUGGCGGCGUGCGUGCGAUGCGACUGCGGUUACGCGCUGAGCGACGACGAUUUGUGCGACGUGUUUCAGGCGUGCUAUCGUAUUGGACAUCAGAGCGGGAAAGAGACGCCGUUGUUGAGAGAAUUGAGCAAGCAGACGCUGAGCGAAAUCGUGUAUCACGUCAGUCGGCGCACGGGGGAGAUCGCGGCAAAGGCAAAGGCGACGACGGGGGAGAAGGGACCGCGACUGACGUCGCCGAGGCAAGCCAUCGUGAUCCCGGCUACGCCCCCGGCGGUCGUGAGAGGCGAUGCGGGCGUCGAUAGUCCGCAUGCGACCGGACCUGGAAUGGAUGUCACCGCGCACGAGCACACGGAUGUGGCGAAGGGGCCGUACGGGUUGCCCGCUUUGAUUGAAAUUUUCCGGUUCGCCACGAGUCUCAUUGCCCCAGACACGCACGGUCGUGGUUCGGAGGAUGCGAAUAGUUUGUUUGGGCUAAAACUCGUGACGAUCAUGAUCGAUGCGAACGCUGAGUACUUCAGAGCGAAUCAUGCGCUAUUGAAUUUGGUUUUGGAUGAUCUUUCGCGCGCGUUGUGCGGAGUGGUUACGUCGUGUUCGCCGCACGUGUUGGCGGCGUCGACGUCUCUCAUAACGAUCAUUUACAGUGAGUUCCGAGAAGAACUCAAGUUACACUUAGAAGUGUUUGUUCGCAUGGUUCUCUUGCCGCUGUGCUCGAGUCGUAAUGGUGUGGAAGAGGAGACGCAACGCGUCGCACUCGAGGCGCUCGUGGAUUUGUGCAAGAACGACAAUUUCGCGACGGAUUUGUACAUGUACUACGAUUGCGAGCUCACAAAGCCUAAUGUGUUUGAAGAGGUGACGAGUGUUUUGGCGCAAGCAUCGUAUCCAGGAGAUGCGACGCUCGCGCCCGUGCAUUUGUUGAGCUUGGAAGGGUUGUUGUCCAUUGUGCAAGCUGUGUCCAACCGCUCUCCGGCGGCGACUACGCGACCGACGUUCGAAUUCGCGAACACCGUCGUCAUGGACCCAUGGUCGCUGUCUGAUGGCUCUGAUACCACUGGUCCAAGCCGGUUCGAGGCUCGUGCAAGGACUAAAUACUUCAAGCGACGUCUAUUGAGCGCGGCGGAACAUUUUAAUCGCUCGUACAAGAAGGGUUUGGCGUUCAUGCAAGAGAUUAAACUUUUGGCAGAUCCGCUCGAACCCGCGGCAGUGGCGAGAUUCUUGAAAUUCGCGCCCGCUUUAGAUAAGGAAGUCGUCGGCGACUACCUCGGCGAGCCCGCGGCGUUCAUUAUCACGGUUUUGGAUGAGUACACCAAGCUCUUUGACUUUCGAGAUGUCACGCUUGAUCGAGCUCUGCGAUCCUUUUUGUCUGGAUUCAAGCUCCCCGGAGAAGCACAGAAAAUUUCUCGCAUACUCGAAUGUUUUGCUGCGCGUUAUUAUGAAGCGAACCCGGACUCCGUAGCGGAUGCGGACUCGGCGUACGUGCUGUCGUACAGUAUAAUUAUGCUGAACACCGAUCAACACAAUGCGCAGGUGAAGAAUAAGAUGACGCUCGAACAGUUCAUCCGCAACAAUCGCGGAACAAAUGGCGGUAAUGAUUGGCCCGCCGAGGUAUUGGUUAACAUAUUCGAUUCCAUUGUCACGGACGAGAUCAAGCUUGACGACGGUGGGGCGAUGAGCUUGACGCCAAGCCGAUGGGCGGAAUUGUCGCGCGACGUCGGGGCGGGCCAAGGCAAACUACCGCCGACGCCCAAUCUCGCUGAAGCGGCGUUGUACGACGGCGAAUUAUUCGGCAUCGUUUGGGGCUCGACGACAGCCGCGAUUGCGGCCGUGUUUGAGCACACGGCGGACGAUAAAGUGUUGCAAUCAAGCCUCGGAGGUUUCCUGUCGGUGGCAAACAUUGCGGCUGCGCACGGCAUGUCUGAAGUUCUCGAUCAACUCGUCGCCACGCUAUGCAAGUUUUCCAAUGAAAGUUUGGCUAAGGACGCGAUGUCGCCGUCAGGCGAACGAUUGCGACCGCUCGUGGUGUUCGGUGAGGAUAUCAAGGCUUGCGCGGCGACGCGGACGAUUUUUGGCAUCGCACACAAGUACGGGGACACGCUUCGUCAAGGAUGGUGCAAUAUUCUGGACACAGUGCUGCGCAUGACUAAGGUUGGUUUGGUUCCAGAGGAUAUAUUUGUAAGCGGAUCCGACUUCACGCAUCGAUCGGAAAUGCAGACGAUGCGAGUACGAGAGAUCGCUGCGGCGAAGCGGAACCAAGGUUCUUCUUUGCUGCGGUCAUUUUCGGCGAUGAUUUCCGGCGACGACGGGCGCGACUCGCCAUUACCACCGCCGUCCGAGGCGGAGCAGAGCAUAGAGGAACUUGCCACGGCGUGUGCGACAGCGUGUCGCGUGAAAGAACUUUUCGCCGACACAAAGUUCUUGGAGCUCGAGUCAUUGACACAUCUGAUGCGAGCACUAAUUUGGGCCGCGGGGGACCCCGGACUCGUCGCCGCCACCGCAGAUGACGAAGACGCCGCGCUCUUUUGUCUCGACGCCAUGUUUAUGGUGACUUUGCGCAAUUGCGACCGUAUUCGUGCCGUUUUACCCAUACUAUUGAGCUACCUCAGAGCCGUUCUCCAAGCGUCAGAGAGCCCGUCACCGGCGUGUGAAAUCGUCAUUUUUGACUUGAUUCGAAUGUGUGCCAAGCUGAUUCCUACCGACGAGGACGUCGCCGACGAUUUGUUAGAUGCGCUGCCCGUUUUGUUCACGCUCAAACCCGCGGUCGCAGACGCGUUCUUCGGCCGCAUCGUUGCCGAAAUCGAUUCUUUGAUCAGCAACGGCGCGGACAAGAUUAAAACGCGACAGAGUUGGGACACGGUGUGCAAGCUUCUCAUGGCGAGCGCGAGACAUGCGGAGGCUGCGGAAACAGGAUUUGCAGGACUCACGCGAAUCAUGCGAGAGGCGGCGAAAGUGAACGCCGCGAACGUGAGAUCGUGCCUCGAAGCGGCGAGCGCGUUUGUCGACAGCGAGCAAGGUGGUGACGAACGAAGCGUCGCCGCGUUGCAAUUGCUCUCGGACGCAAACAUGGCGAUGUGCGCGUGGGCAACGAGCGCAUCCGUGACUGAUGAGGCAAAAGCUGAAAUUAUAGCCGGCGCUUGGGGCGAUUUAGUCCGCGAACUCGGUCGCAUUAGCUUUGAAGAUACGCGCGCCAUGGUGCGCGAUGACGCGAUUUUAACGUUGCAACGCGUGUUGCUCGGCGCUGAAUCGCUCGACGCCGGCGGCGACUUGUGGCUUACCACGUUUGAUGCGGUUUUGCUGACGAUGCUCCAGGAGCUGACGGAAACCGUACGCAAGACGCGCGCCAAAGAUGGUGGCGCCGCAGAAAACACGGCGCGCAUCGCGGUUUCUUGCGUAUCAAAGACGUUGCUCCAAUACGGCUCAAAGAUGCGAAACGAAGACGCUGCGGCGUUUGCGAGCGUCCUGCUCGCCAUUUUAGACGCUACGUCUUUACUGCGCAAGCACGCCAAGACGGAGGAACUCGUGGACGCGAUCCCUGAAGCCAUAAAGAAUGUUCUCCUCGUCCUCUGCGCGAGCGAAAUCGUCCCGAGAGACGAUCCGCUGUGGGGCAAGAUGUGGGGUAAAGCGAGCGCGAUCGACUCGGAGCUAACGCCCGAUGCACUGGGCCUUCUCAAAGAAACGGAAGAAUCCCCGCCUUAG